UCGUUCGGCAAGAGGGAAAACUACAUGCCAUCGACUGAAAAACAAAAAACCCACCGUGAAUACAUGGGAGAACGUUUCAAAGAUCCGGCUAAGAAUUUCGUGUGUUCCUUCUUAAACUGUAAAGCUUCAUUUUCCAAGGCAUGGAAGCUGGAAGCUCAUUACUGCAAACACACUGGGCUGAGACCUUUUGCAUGUGAUCGCUGUGAUAAAACUUUUUGCACCCGCUGCCAGCUCACCAGGCACAAUCUGAGCCACAGUGGGAAGAAACCAUACCAAUGUUUAGAGGAUGGAUGUUCAGAGAGCUUUAUCAGUACAGCAGGGUUAAAGAACCAUGUUGAACGUGUGCACCAGCACAAGGAGAAGCACUAUGUGUGUGACUAUGAGGGUUGUGCGAAAGAGUUUCGUAAGAAGAAGCAACUGAGGUCUCACAAAUGUGAGCACAUGAACCAACUACCAUUUGAGUGUCAGUAUGAGGGCUGUGGGAAGAAGUAUACCACCUCUAAAAAGCUGCAAAAACAUGAGAAAGUGCAUGAUGGUUAUCCGUGUGCUGAAGAGGGCUGUGACUUCCAGGGAAGAAUGUGGACGGAGUAUCAGGCACACAGGAAAGCAGCACACAGAGAGGCUCUGCAGUGCGACAGCUGUGCGAAGGUUUUCCAUAAAGCCUGGUUUCUAAAGAAGCACAAACUCUUCGUGCACUUGGGCGUCCGGCGUGUGUUUAAGUGCACCAAGGAGGGCUGUCAGAAAACCUACACCACACAUUUCAACCUCCAGAAUCACAUUCUUUCCUUCCACGAGGGCAUACGCUCCUUCAUUUGCCCUCAUGAUGGUUGUGGGAAAGCGUUCGCCAUGGAGGGAAGUCUGAAGCGACAUGCUGUAGUCCAUGACCCUCAGAAGAAAAAGCUGCAGAAGAAGACCAAACGAGGACGGAAGAAGAAACUUGAACCAAAGACGAAUGUUUCGGAUGACUCUGAGCUGCCUGCACAACUGCACGGGCUGUCUCUAAACACAUCCACGUCCCAGAACAACCCAUGAACAUCGUGCAGUCAAUGAGGACUUCCUAGUUGACUUCAAUUUCAGUAUCCAGCAUAAUAUAAUUUAAAAGCACUACUAAAUAAACUCACUUCUCUGC